AUGGCGAAGCUGACAUUCUUCUUGCUGACCCUGGUCCAUCUCUCCUCCGUUCAUAGUCUGCCUGCAGGAGGAGAAGCGAAAAGAGACGCAGAUAUCGUUAUAGCCCGUGAAAUAACCUUGACGGACGUCUCAGUCACUACAAGUUAUAGCACAGCUAUCACAUCGUUGCAGUCAGCCUCUCCCACUGGUGAUCCAUCUAAUUCGGGGAGCUUUUUGACAGGCCUUCCCUCAGGUGGUUUUACACAAGAUCCAGCCGAGGGCCCAGGGACUACAACAGCCACCAAGCCACUGUGCCCCAACGAAACGCCUCUAAAUCCCGGUCCUACAGCACCGUUUAAUCCGGCUUCUUCAAACAUCUUUCAACCCAUUGCGACCGGGGCACCUCCACCGGCCAUCCCUUCGAGAACAGAUCAUCCUGUUCAGAAAGAGCACAUCGACGAUAAGGACGUACCAAUCCAGACCAAUAAGUUUUAUGCAAACUUCUUCCUUGGGGGCCAGUCAUUCUCGACCUGGACACAUCCUUACUCUUUGUCGUGGGACAAUCGCUGUGAUGGUGGCUCUUAUGGUGUUGCCGUUAGCCACACCACACGCGACAAGUUUGCUUUCGUCCCUGAUGCGAACAACACGCGAUUUUUCAUCUCACCGAUUGGUAUUUAUCAUAUCAUACUGUCCGCUGCGGAACUAACAUCGGAUACAUCCCUUUCGCUUGAGCGCUUGGGUGCCUUCUCUACGUGGGUGAACUUGCGACCCAACAACAUCCAAGGUACCCGCAUCUUGAUGUCUCUUCCAGUUGUUCAGGCCAUGGGCAUGGUGACCGCUAUUUAUGAUAGGGCGAAGCCGGUGAUCAAAACCACCGUCUUCUUCCUUUCCCUGGACUAUGUUGAGCUGGUCAACGGUGUCACGCAUAAAUAUCGAAUCGUGCUCAACGAUGGUUCACACUGGCUUCUCUAUGCUACAUCAGACGGGUCCGUCGGUACACCCCCCUUCGUGUUAGAAGAUAGCCUUACGAUCACCGGUCCUUCCAACUUCGUUGGCAAAAUUCAAGUCACCAAGAACCCAUCAGGCGAGGCGCUAGAGAGCAUAUUUGAUUAUAGUGCCGGUGCAUACGCAACUGAUGCGACUAUUUCCGCAACGGUCAACGGAGCUUUUGGAAGUUACACGAUAAGUUGGACUAAAGGCGGUGUAGUAGAUCGGCCGUUGCUUGUGUAUGCGCUACCUCAUCACGUUGAGUCAUUCGACCAACAGACUGCAGCCGCCUUGAAGGACAUUACACUGGUCACAACUACGAAAGGCUUUGCACGGGCCAUCGUCGCUGAUCGAAUGACCAUGGUAGAGAAUGAUCUUCCUGACACCAUUGGCUUUGCUCCAUGGGCUAAGAAUCCUAACGCAGCUGGGGGCUCGGAGAACAUCAACUUGAAUGCCCAGGUUCUUGCGCUCAUCAACCAAGCUGGUAUAGCUGAGCUCAGUCAGAACAUGAUCCCACAGACGUCGUUAAACAGCAUGUACUACUCCGGCAAAGGCCUGGCCAAGUUUGCUACCAUCAUCUACACAAUGAACAGCAUGACAGGCAACAGUCAGUAUGCAGCGGCUGGUUUGGACCGCCUCAAGGAUGCUUUCAAUGUUUUUGUCAACAACACGCAGCCUGAGCCGCUCGUCUACGAUAAGGUCUGGAAGGGCGUCGUCUCGGGCGCCAGUUACUCAGGAGACCUAGGGUUGGACUUUGGAAACACGCUAUACAAUGAUCACCACUUUCAUUACGGGUACUUUGUAUACACCGCCGCUGUCAUCGGACAUCUUGAUCCUACAUGGCUCGGUCAAGGUAGCAACAAAGCCUGGGUCAACUCUCUCGUACGCGACUUUGCUAAUCCAGUAGCCGACGAGCAUUUCCCGUUCCAGCGCUCAUUUGACUGGUUUCAUGGCCAUUCAUGGGCAAAGGGUCUUUUCGAGUCUGGCGACGGUAAGGACCAGGAGUCAACAUCCGAGGACACCUUCGCUACCUACGCGCUCAAGAUGUGGGGCAGAAUUAUCCAAGAUCCGAACAUGGAGGCUCGCGGCAACUUGCAACUCGCCGUACAAGCGCGCAGCAUCAGGAAUUACUUCCUAAUGGAGGCCAACAACACAAAUCAACCUGCAGGUUUCGUCAAAAACAAAGCUACUGGCAUUCUUUUUGAGAAUAAGAUUGAUCAUACUACCUACUUUGGAGGCAACAUUGAAUACAUCGGAGGCAUACACAUGAUUCCUCUGAACCCCUCGUCCGCUUAUACUCGCCGCAAGCAAUUCGUUCAAGAAGAGUGGGACACGUACUUUGACAAUGGACGCGCCGAACAAGUCCAAGGCGGUUGGAAAAGCAUACUAAAAGCCAAUCAAGCACUCUUUGACCCACAAGCCUCGUACGAUUUCUUCGCCAACCCGAAUUUUAUCGAACAACUCGAUGGCGGCGCAAGUCGUACAUGGUAUCUGGCUUAUUCGGCGGCGCUGUUGGGUGCGAAUGAAGCUGGUGCGCAGCGGGAUCCACAGAUGGAUUAUGCUGGUCCGGAACAGCCCUUGGGUUCUGCACAGAAGAUCGAGGCACGUAGGCUACAGAAAGUUGAGGGUGAUCAGGGAUAUAGUACUGGGUCUUCAGGGUUCAACUGGCCUACUCCACCAUCUAGUACUAAACCAGCUUGGUCGUCGGGGUUUGACUGGCCAACAGUUACUCCGACGCCUACGAAGCCUGCUAUGGUUACCAUGAUAGCCAAGAUGAUACGCCGAAUAGUGAAGAUGGCGGAGAGAGCCUGUGGGGUUUGGCUCUAG